CUUCGUUUCAGUCAGUAGGCCACAGCUGUUGGCAUCUGUUCACCAAUUGUACUAAAUUUCGUACAAUACUAAAAAGUACGCACUCAGUGCAAAUAAAAUCGAUAUCCUACUCUAGUACAACUGAAUAAAAUUUAGUACAAUUCGAACACAGGUCAGGGGUUAGAUAAUGCGAUAUGGGGUUCAGUCAGAACCGGCCGCUUGCACUGUAUCAUAUCUAUAAUUUGUAUGCAGCCCUAUUUUCUAAAAACUAAAAUAUCAUGGCAGGAUACAAAAGGGCUGUUUUUCUAGGAAUUUUCUGCACAGUAUUUUUCUCUAGUGAGGAAGUUCUGAGUCAACAAGAAGCCGAUCGCGUAAUUUACACGUCUGAAGACUACUGGAAAAACGAAACGCCGCUUCAGUGCUACGAUUGCAACUCGGAGUACGACCCGCGGUGCGGCGAUCCGUUCAACCCGUACAGCAUCGGCGUGGUGAACUGUUCCGAACAGAAACCGCCCGAACACUUGAUCAACCCCGAACUUCACCCCAAUCAAAAGUUGAAGCCGACCGUUUGUAGGAAAAUAGUACAGAAAGUCGAAGGCUAUAAACGAGUGAUCCGCGAGUGCGGCUACAUCCAGGACAAGAGGGACGACAAAGACUGCGUCAGAAGAACCGGAACCAUCAACGUGGAAGUGCACUAUUGCGCUUGCACCGGAUCGCUAUGCAAUGACGGUACCCAAAAGCGUUUAUCGUCCCAAAUUUAUUAUCUAGGACUGGUUUUUGCCGGUUUAACAAUUACAAAAUGUAUUUUUUAGCUUGCUUCUUUUUAAGCAACCAAUUUUUUUUUUGAUAACUUGUAGAGGUUGCGAGUUCUGGAUCACUUUUGGAGUAGUUCGGAGCAGUUUCGCUCAUGACUGUGUCAAUAUUUUCAAUUUGUUCCAUAUUGAAUUUGUCUGGAGCAACUCUAGAGCACUUCCAAGUGCAAGUGACUCUUACCAAAGAUAAUCCUUCCUUCGGAGUAGGCUUAUCUUUGGAAUAAGGUACUAAAACCCAGUUUAAAUUAAUUGUCUGGUUAAGUAACCUCUACAGCCGAGCUUAAAACUCUUUUGUAAAAAAAACACUUUUUUGAAAUUUGUAAAUAUAAUAAGGGGUACCUUUUUCGGCACUCUGAAGUGAAAAAUCAAAGCAAAAAAGUGAUGAAAUAAAACGUUUUUUUCUUUCUGUUGAAUAAUUCAACGCAAAUUAUAUUCUAAAAUAAAUUAUUUAGGCCCGGUUUAUUCAUUUUCAGAUAAACUUGCUGGUAACUAUCUGCACCGUUCUAUAAUUUCAUUGGUCGGCGGAUAAAUGGCCGAGCAAUUAGAUUACAGAUUGCGUUUUUAUCUUUGACAGUUUAUCAGAAGGUGAAUGAACCGGCCCUUUAAAAGCUAAAAUUAUAUUUUUUAAACCUAUUUUUGCCCUAAUAAUAAAGAGCAAAUAUCAUAAUAUUUAUCUUAGAACGCCAAAAAAAUAACAUAAUAACUCAUUAUUUGUUAUUGUAAAUAAGAAAUUAUGAAUGGAUAAUUAACUUUUGACCUCUUGUUAUCUCCUAGAUAAUUUCCUUAUUUUUAAAGUUAAUGAAAAUGCCAUUAAAUUAAAUCUUAGAAUGACUAAUAAAUUUCUAGGUAAUAAAUUAUACAGAGUCAUUAUCAAAUUCACUCUGAAUAUAUGUAUUUAAGGCCCGGUUUAUUCAUCUUUAGAUAAAUUUGCUAUAGUAACGGUGGCUAACUGCAUUAUUUCUAUCGGGAUUACAGAUUGCGUUUUUAUCCGUCAUAUUGCAUAUACCUGGAAGUUUAUCAGAAGGUGAAUAAACCGGCCCUAAGUUAAUUAGACACCUAAUUAAUGUUAAUUAUUAGAUGGUUUGUUCUUACAAAAUAAAAUAGAUAAAUGUGUGGUUUGCUUACCUGAUGAUAUAUCAACUGCUGGGCCCUGUGCCGAGGGUUGCUAUCCCGACUCUGGAGCGGCGUUUCCAGCUCAAGUACUUUAUACCACAGUGGGAACAAACCAAUGAUAUAAAGUAAAAAUAAGCUUGAUAAGUGCCUGCUAUAGUGCAAAUAAAUAUUUGUUAUUUUCACUAUAUAUUUUUUAAAACAAAGGUGGCGAAAUGUUCCAGUUAUAAAAUAAUAAAAACGUCCCAUUAUUAAAGUCCGGUGUCUCAAUAGUAGGUCAUCUCCGAGUUAAGCUAACUCCAGGGUAAACAUUACAAUAUAACACGUUAACUCUGGAGUUAAAAUACCAACUCGCUAUUGAGAAACCGGCCCUAGAACAAAAAUUAAUAAAACAUAAAAGAGACAACAUAUCUUUUUGAAGCUCAGAAAAAAAAUAUUUAAUUUUAAUUAUGGAAUUGAUGAUAAAUUAUUAAUUUGUAAUUUUUGCUUGCAAAUGUUGCAUAUACUUUAGUAAUAUAUAGGAUGGAGCUGGAUCAGAAAAACAAUUGAUAAUAUUUUUCUGAUCCAAUAACUACAUAUAGGUACAAACAUUUUCAUAAAUAAAUAAAAUAAUUCAAAUAAAUGCGCAUGCACUAUACUUAAUUAUAGGUUUUUUUAUGUUAUAUUUAGGAUGACGUCAUCGAACAAAGACCGACAAUGUUGUCAAUGCCUAUUUUUUUUCUUAUAAUUUACCAGAAUGUCAUAUAUGUGUCAAUAAUUCUAACGACAGCUAAAAAUAAUGAAAUGGAAAUGUUUAUACAAGUCAUGCAACGUCGCGCGCCGUUGCAAACCAAAAACAACUGAAAUUACCCUACUUUAAAUGAAUUAAAAAGUUCUUUUAGUUUUGUUAGGUUGGCAGCAGAAAUUUACUAAAUGUGACGUCAUCCUAAAUAUAGCGUAAAAAUCCUAUAUUAAAUCCAAUCUUUAUUGUUUAAAUAAAUAAUAAAACACUGCCCCACCCCUGUUAAAUCAUUUAGUUUAUUAAUUAUUAUAAAAAAAUUAGACUUUAUUGUUAAUUAAUUAUGUGCUAGCUGACGUAAGACACAUCCCUAAUAACACAGU